GAGUCAGUGCAGAAAAGGACUUUCACAAAAUGGAUCAAUACUCAUCUAACUAAGCGCAAUCCUCCCAUGCUGGUGAAUGAUCUGUUUGAAGAUAUCAAAGAUGGGGUGAUGCUAAUUGCCCUUUUGGAGGUUCUUUCAGGGCAGAAGCUGCCUUGCGAGCAGGGACGUCAGCUGAAGAGAAUUCACUGGGUUGCUAACAUUGGCACAGCUCUUAAGUUUCUAGAAGGAAGACGGAUUAAACUUGUGAACAUAAACUCAACUGAUAUUGCUGAUGGAAGGCCUUCUAUUGUGCUCGGCUUGAUUUGGACCAUAAUUUUAUAUUUUCAGAUUGAAGAGCUUACCAGCAACCUCCCACAGCUGCAGUCAUUGUCUAGCAGUGCUUCUUCUGUGGAGAGUGUUGUCAGUUCAGAAACUGCAAGUCCCCCAAGCAAACGCAAGGUGGUAACCAAGGUCCAAGGAAGUGCAAGGAAGGCUUUGUUAAAAUGGAUACAGUACACAGCGGCAAAGCAAGUUGGAAUUGAAAUCAAAGAUUUUGGACAAAGCUGGAGGAGUGGUGUUGCAUUUCAUUCUGUUAUUCAUGCUAUCCGCCCAGAUUUAGUGGACAUGGAGAAAGUGAAGGGAAGAUCAAAUAGAGAAAACCUGGAAGAAGCCUUCACACUUGCAGAAGCAGAACUCGGAAUUCCAAGGCUUCUUGAUCCUGAAGAUGUGGAUGUUGACAAGCCAGAUGAAAAAUCUGUCAUGACUUAUGUAGCCCAGUUUCUGAAGUACUAUCCUGAUCCUCAUCAUACAGUGACAGAUGUGCAGGAGAAUGAUGAACUUCAAGCAAUCCCAACUUUUGUCAUUUCUUUUAUGAAAUUUAAGAAGGAAGACAGACUGAUGCUGAGAGACCUAAAAGUGUGGGCGGAACAAUUCGAAAGAGACUUAGGCCGUGCACAGGUGGCAGAAACAAGCUUACAGGACAAAUACCAGUCAUUUAAGCAUUUCAGAGCACAAUAUGAGGUACAAAGGAGACAGAUUGAACUUGUAACCCAGUCAUUAAGGAAAGAUGGUAAAUUAUCACUUGAUCAAGCUCUGGUGAAGCAAGCAUGGGACAGAGUUUCUGCCAGGCUACUUGAUUGGCACAUACACCUUGAUAAAUCUCUUCCUGCACCUUUGGGUACCAUAGGUGCUUGGCUCUAUAGAGCAGAGGCUGCUCUGAGGGAAGAAGUAACUGUUCAGCAAGCUCACGAGGAAACAGCGAAUACAAUACACCGGAAGCUUGAACAACAUAAGGAUCUGCUGAAAAACAUAGAUGGUCACAAAAAGGCAUUCCAUGAGAUCCACGGGGCCAGGUCUGUUAAUGGAGUACCUGUUCCACCUGACCAAUUAGAGGAUAUGGCAGAGAGGUUUAAUUUUGUUGUCUCUUCAUCUGAGCUCCAUCUGUUGAAGAUGGAGUUUCUGGAACUGAAGUACCGUCUACUGUCACUCUUAGUCCUUGCAGAAUCAAAGUUAAAAUCGUGGAUUAUCAAAUAUGGAAGGCGAGAGUCGGUGGAACUACUUCUUCAAAAUUAUAUUUCUGUUAUUGAAAAUAGUAAGUUCUUUGAGCAGUAUGAAGUUACUUACCAGAUCUUGAAAAGAGCAGCUGAAAUGUAUGCCAAAGCAAAUGGCUCAGUGGAAGAAGUUGAGAAUGUGAUGAAAUUCAUGAAUGAAACAACAGCACAGUGGAGGAACCUCUCGGUAGAGGUGAGAAGUGUAAGAAGCAUGUUGGAAGAAGUAAUUGCUAAUUGGGACAGAUAUAGCAGCACUGUGGCAGGUCUACAAGCUUGGCUGGAAGAUGCUGAAAAAAUGCUGAAUCAGCCUGAACAUUCUAAAAAGGAUUUCUUCCGACACUUACCUCAUUGGAUCCAACAGCACACAGCCAUGAAUGAUGCUGGUAAUUUUCUGAUUGAAACAUGUGAUGAGACCAUUUCCAGAGACCUUAAACAGCAGCUUCUGUUACUAAACGGCAGAUGGAGAGAAUUGUUUAUGCAAGUUAAGCAGUAUGCUAGAGCAGAUGAACUGGACAAAAUGAGGAAGGAAUACUUGGAUGGUGUUGCCCAUUUGACAGCUUUUAUUGAUGGAAGCAACAGGAAAUUUUCAGUCCCUGUGGAAGUGUCCUUCCUUGAUGUCAAACUGUUUGUACAAGAUUUAGAAAAUAUUAAGCAGAAAUUGCCUGUGAUGGAAGCUCAGUACAAAAUGGUUACAAGAACAGCUCAGCUUGUUACAAAAGAAGUUUCCCAAGAGGAAGUGAAUGAAAUGCUUGGAACUUUGACAAGGAUCAAAGAGCAGCUGAGCAAGGUUAAGGAGUACUCCUGUGCCCUGCUGUAUGAAUGCCAGCGUCUGCUGUCUCCACUGGAAGAACUGGAGAAACAAAUCACACAUUUUUAUGAAUCUCUUGAAAAAGUCAAUGAAAUAAUUUCUAUCCUGGAUCCUGAAGCUCAGCCUACAACUGUGCUUAAACAAAAAGCCCAAGAUUUGGUAGCUUAUCAGGAAAACUGCAAGAAAGAUUUGUCCCUGAUUGAGAGAAAUAGUCAGAGUAUCCUGCAGAGUGUGGCUUUGAGUGAAGUGUUACAGCAUUUCCAUCAGUCAACAUUUCAGAAGAAAGUUACACAAGUUCAGAUUACUUUUCAGAAUAUGGUCAGGAAAGCUGGUGACUGGAGAAAAAACAUAGAAGCGAAUAGCCGUUUGAUGAAGAAAUUUGAGGAGUCUAGAGCAGAACUGGAGAAGGUAAUACAGAUUGCCAAUUGUUGCUUAAAAGAAAAAGGAAAUCCUGAAGAACUUCUCAGGAAGCAUAGCGAAUUCUUUAACCAGUUGGAUCAGAGAGUCCUAAAUGCCUUUCUGAAAGCAUGCGAUGAACUUACUGACAUCCUUCCAGAACAAGAGCAACACAACCUGCAGGAAGCUGUGAGAAAACUCCAUAGGCAGUGGAAGGAUCUUCAAACAGAAGCCCCAUAUCAUUUGAUCCACUUGAAGACUGAAGUUCAGAAAAGCAAGUUCCUGGUCACAGUGGAGGAAUGCAAAGCUGAACUAGCUCGACAGAACAAGGUGCUGUCAAGAGAAGGCAAUGAAAGGAUGAUCGAGGAACACAUGUUGUUCUUCGGGGACAAGGGACCUUACCAGCUGUGUGAGAAAAGGCUACAACGAAUUGAAGAACUGUGCCAAAAACUGCCAGUUUCUGAUCCAGUGAGGGCUACAUUGGAAAGCAGUCAACGAAUCCUGAAGGAGCUCAAAUCCCAGAUAGACAGCACAUACGUAAAGCUAACAGAGCACUCGAACACCUGGAAGGGCUAUAAGAAAAGAUUUUCUGAAUUGGCAAAUUGGAUUUCGUCAACAGAAAGAGACCUAAAGAAGAUUAAGGAAAGUGUCAGUGAUACUGCCAAAUACAAACAAUGUAAAGCAUCCAUGGGGGAAAUUAGGAAGCAAAUAAACAAGCAAGGAGAAAAUCACAGCUGGCUGAAAUCUAGACUUGCUGUUUUGACUGCUGUAUCUCCUGAUUUGGAGGCCAAAAAGACAGAGGAUGAGCUUUAUAAACUUUCCAGUGACUUCAAGGGACUCCUAGAUUUGCUCGCUGAGAUUGAAAAGACAUUAGGCACAGUUGGAGACUGUGUCCAGUACAAAGAAGAAGUUAAAAGUGCAAUUGAAGAGUUAAUCAACAACUCUAAAGAAGCCCAAGCAGAGGCUGAAAAAAUCCUGGAUACAGAAAGUUUAUUACAAGCUCAGCAACUACUACUUCAUCAUCAGCAAAGAACAAGGAGACUCCGUGCAAAGAGGCAAGAUGUGCAACAGCAGAUUUCCCAAGCUAAACAGUUGCAGAUUGAAGGUGGGCUGCCCAGCACAGUGCAAGAGGAUUUACAAAAGUUGGAAGAAACAUUGGAGAACAUGCAGCAGACUAUGGAGAGGCGUGAAGAGCAACUGCAGGUCACAAUAAAUAAAUGGGAGCAGUUUGAAAGAGACAAAGAAACAGUAGUAAAAUAUCUCAAUCAAGCAAGCUCGGCACUUGAACGUAUCUUGAACUUUAGCAGUUUAGAGAGCCUCUCCUCAGAACUGGAUCAGACAAAGGAACUUUCUAAACAGACGGAAGCAAUGGCAGUGCAGGCUGAGAAUUUGGUGAAGAAUUCUUCUGAGAUACAGCUUGGUUCAAAGAACAAGCAGUCCCUUCAACAGCAGGCAAAAUCAAUCCAAGAACAAGUGAAAAAAGUGGAAGUUACUCUUGAAGAAGAUAUUAAAAGCAUGGAAAUGGUGAAAAACAAGUGGGAUCAUUUUGGCAAUAAUUUUGAAGCUCUGUCCAUCUGGAUAGCUGAACAAGAAAAAGAACUGGAAGGUCUGGAAACAUCAGCAUCUCCUUUGGACAUACAGAUCAGCCAAAUCAAGGUUAUUAAUAAAGAAAUAGAUGCUAAAAUAACUGGAAUCUCAAAACUAGAAGAGGAAGUGGAGUCUUUUUCCCAGUUUGUUACCUCUGGAGAAUGUGCACAUAUUAAAGCCAAACUGACUCAGGUCAAAAGGUAUUGGGAAGAACUAAGAGAUCAUGCACAAAGACUGGAAGGAACAAUCACAGGGAAAGCAUCAGCACAGCAGAAAUAUGAAGAAAAUCUUAAACAGGUGCAGCGGGCAGUGUCUGAAUUUGAAGCUAAGCUAGCUGAGCCUCUCACAUCGUGCUCUUCAGCAGCAGCAACAUACACAGCCUUUCAGGAUUGUACGGACCUUUGUCAUUCUGUGGAAAAGCUGAGCAAUGCUCUGGCCUCUCUCUCAGCCUGUGCCCGAAAGGUGGCCAACAAAGGAAGAGCUGCUCAGGAGGUUACAGCAUUGCAGCAGAAAUAUGAAAAGGUGCUAGAAAAUGCUAAAGAGAAGCAGACCUUAUUAGAGACUCUUCUGGCUCAGUGGCAGAAGCAGGAGAAGGAGCUGUCUGCCUUCCUGACCUGGUUGGAUGUGUGUGAAGAUACAGCCAGGCCUUCAGAGCAAUAUGUUUCUGCUGACAGAAUUAAACUGGAAGGUGAACUGCAGUCACUGCAGGAUUUGCAAGCAGAUAUUGAGUCCCGUGCUUCAGUCUAUGCGAGCCUAUUACAGUUAAAUGAGUCACUAUUCCCAACAGCUCCCGAACAGUGUGUGAAAACAAUGAAAGAAAAAUUUGAAGAGCUGGAUGAGAGGUGGAAAGCUUUACCACAAACUGUUGAUAAAAGGAUCAACUUCCUUCAAUCUCUUGUUGCUGAGCAUGGGCAGUUUGAUGAGCUCCUGCUCAGGUUUUCAAACUGGAUUAAGCAGUUUCUUGCUGAACUACAGGCCACUUCAGAGAUAAACACAGCUGAUCAACAACUAGCUGCAUCUCACAAUAAGAUCCACUCAGUGGAAGUCGGAAUUAAGAAACAGCAGUUACAAAAUCUGAAGGAACUUGUAGAUAAACUGUGUUCUUUCAGCUGCCCAGAGGACCAGCAGAUAUUGCAGGGAAAGACUGAAGAUUGCUUUCAGAUCUUCCAGGAGGCAAGUCAAAUAACAUGCCAAAGACAAGAGGCUCUGGAUCAGCUGCAGGUGUUCCUGGAGCUCUAUGGUGCUGCAUCAGGAGUGCUCCACCAGCUGAGGCAGACAGUGGAGAAAACAGGAAAUAUGGAUAAAGCUAAGUCUGAAUUACUGGAGAAGGAACUCAAAGCUGUUAUCCAUGAUCUUAACAAGCUGGAAUCUGUUGCCAUCACUUUGGAUGGUUCCCUUACUAAGGCCCAGUAUCAUCUAAAACACAGCACUUCUGAGCAGAGGACCUCCUGCAGGGCUGUGGUGGAUAAUCUGAGCAUGGAACUGGAGGCAGUUCAAACCCUUCUGGGAACCAAACAGAGUGAGGCAGAAGCUCUUGGAGCCUUGCGAAGAUCUUUCGUGGAACGUAAAGAACAGCUGCUGAAGAGUAUUGAAGAUACUGAGGAAAAGGCUGACAAGGAGGGCCUGAAGGAGGCAACACUACAAACCCUCCAGCAAAGAUUGAGAUUCUUUAACCAGCUAGAUGAAGAAUUGACUUCUCACCAGCAUGAACUUCAGUGGCUCAUGGACAAAGCAAAACAAAUAGCCCAAAAAGAUAUUACACUUGCUCCUGAGAUCGACAAAGAGAUAAAUCGCUUAGAAUCUUUGUGGGAGGAUACCAAGAAAAUUAUACAUGAAAAAAAGGAGCAGUCCUGGAUUCUUAUCGACCUGAUGAAGGAAUAUCAGAGCUUGAAGUCAACGGUAAUGAAAGCCAUAGACAGUGCUGACAGUGCUUCUGUGAUCAAAUCCAUUUGGAAGGAUCAUGAAGACAUCAGGCGAACUUUAUCAAAGCAUGAAGCUGCCAAGAAUGAUCUGAGCGAUAAACAGAAAGACCUGGAUACUUUCACUGAUAAAGGAAAACAUUUGUUAGCAGAAUUGAAAAGAGUGCGUAACUGCGACUCCACUGCGAUAAAAACAGAUAUGAACUGCACGGUGGACAAAUGGCUGGAUGUGUCUGAAAGAAUUGAAGACAACAUUAACCGGCUGAGUGUAAGUGUGUCUCUGUGGGAUGACAUCAUGAAAACUGGAGAAGAAAUGGAUGGAUGGUGCAAUACGUGCAUUUCUCAACUGAAUGAAUGCAUCAGCAACUUGAGUAACAGUCAGAGAAUGGAGGUCCUCCUGAAAGACUUCCAGUCUGAAGUCAAGGAUAAAGAGCUGAAGUUGGAGCAGCUUAGUUCCAAAAUUUCAGAAGUCAAAGAACUGACCCAUAGUCACGAGCCUCCUGCAGAUCUCCAGUUUAUAGAAUCAGAUUUGAGGCAGAAGUUGGGACAUGUCAAAGAAAUGUCAGAGACAGCAAAAGAGACACUGAAAGAUUUCAGUACUCAGAAGAUGCAGUUACAGAAGUUUAUUGAUCGCAUGACAGACUGGUUAACAAAAGUGGAAGAGACACUGUUAAGCUGUGCGCGUAACCUGGAUCCUGAAGCUCUAAAUAAAGUGAAGGAAACACAAAAAGACCUUCAGCUUCAGCAGAGCAGCAUUGACUCGACCCGUGAGAACCUCAACAGCCUGUGUCGCAAGUACCAUUCUAUAGAGCUGGAAACUCUUGGUGGCACUGUCACUUCAUUAAUAAAGAAGUAUGAAGCUGUGAACCAGCUCUGUUCCAGAACACAGGCCAGCAUGCAAGAGUCCUUGGAAAAACAUUUCCUCUAUUCUAUGCAAGAAUUCCAGUAAUUGUUUUCUGGUGUGAAGGCUGCAGUAAAAGAAUCAUCUGACAGGUCUGGAGACAGCAAAGUCAUAGAAGCAAAACUACAGGACCUGCAGAGUGUGCUGGAUUCUGUAAGUGAGGGACAGAACAAGUUACAUGCUGCCUGCAAGGAAGGAGAAAGUUUGUAUACUUGCUUACCCAAGCCAGUUGUGAGCCAUAUUCAGGAGCAGAUAGCAAAGUCUAACCAGAACUUCCAAGAAUUCCUCAACCAGUGUCAGAAUGAUAAGAAGGCCCUGGAAGCUUGUGCCUCCCACCUGGGAAGCUUUGAAGAUCAUCACAAGAAACUUGGGCUGUGGAUACAUGACAUGGAAGAAAGAAUAAACACAGAAGCAUUAGGAGAGAGCAAACAGCUUGUUCCUGAGAAGAAAAAGGAGGUGCAGAAAGUGGAAAAGUUUCUGGAAGAGUUACUGAAUUCAAGGGAAUCUUUUGAUAAGCUGUCCCAGAUGGCACAGGCUUUAAAUGAAGAAGGACAUGGUGAAGGGAGAGAAGUGCGCCUGGCCUCUCAACAUCUCACCAAUUAUCAAAACAUGAUCAAAACUGUCAAGGAGAAGCUACGAACAUGUCAGCUUGCACUCCAAGAGCAUCUCACUUUGGAGGAGGCAUUACAGAGUAUGCGGUCAUGGGUGAAAGAAGUUCAAGAUAAACUGGCAUCUUCAGAGAGCACUGUUGGUAGCAAAGCCACACUAGAGAGACGACUGACACAAAUUCAGGAGAUCCUCUUACUCAAAGGUGAUGGUGAAGUUAAGCUGAACAUGGCCAUUGGCAAAGGAGAACAAGCGCUUAGAAGCAGCAAUGAGGAAGGACAAAAGGUGAUACAAACAGAGCUCCAGAGGCUGAAGGAUGUAUGGAAUGACAUCACUAGCACCUCCAUGAACUGGCAGAGCUGCCUAGAGUCUGUCAUUAGCCAGUGGAAUGAAUAUCUGGAAAAGAAAACCCAGCUGGAGCAGUGGUUAGAGAAACUGGAUCACAAAGUGGAACAGCCUUUAGAACCACAGAUUGGUCUGAAGGAGAAGUUUGCUCAGCUGGACGACUUCCAGGCUAUUGUUUCUGAGAUAGAGGAUCACUCUGGUGAUUUACAGCAAAUCAUUGAAAAAGCUGCGGAACUGUAUGAAAAGACAGAGGAUGAUUCUUUUCGAGAAGCAGCUCAAGAAGAACUAAAAACACAGUUUAAUGACAUCACAACUGUAGCCAAGGAGAAAAUGAGGAAAGUGGAAGAUAUUGUGAAGGAUCAUUUGCUAUACCUUGAUGCUGUGCAUGAAUUCACAGACUGGCUCAGUUCUGCAAAGGAAGAGCUGCACCGCUGGUCAGAUGCAUCUGGAGAUACACCAACCAUACAGAAGAAGCUAGCCAAAAUCAAUGUUAUGCCUAAGGCUGUACGUCAUCAGAAAAAUUUUUUUGUAGUUAGUGAGGAAACAUUGGAUGCUCUGGUAAAGUCUGAACAUAUGACAGAUGAGAUCAAAACUCAAUUAAAUGAUCUUUGUAGAUUUUCCAGAGAUUUGAGUACUCAUUCUUCAAAAGUUUCAGGGUUGAUUAAGGAGUAUAACAGCCUCUGCCUGCAAGCUUCAAAAGGAUGUCAGAGCAAAGAGCAGAUCUUGCAGCAAAGAUUUCGGACGGCUUUCAGGGACUUCCAGCAGUGGCUGGUCAAUGCAAAAGUCACCACAGCCAAAUGCUUUGACGUGCCUCAAAAUAUCAGUGAAGCUUCAGCAAGUCUGCAGAAAAUAAAGGAAUUCUUAUCAGAAAGUGAGAAUGGACAACAAAAACUAAACCUGGUAACAUCCAAAGGAGAACUACUGUGCUCUGUUUUACCAAAGGAAAAGGCUAAAGUUAUCCGGGACAAAUCUGCUACAGCUAAAGAAGAUUGGAAAAAUUUUGUCACCACCCUCCACCAGAAAGAAUCUGCAUUGGAGAAUUUAAAGAUCCAGAUGAAGGACUUUGAAGCAACUGCUGAGCCUCUGCAGGAGUGGCUGACCACAACAGAGAGAAUGGUGCAGGGGACUAGCAGUCGGCUCCAUGAUCUUCCUUCCAAGAGGAGAGAACAGCAAAAUUUGCAGUCUGUCCUUGAGGAAAUAAGCUGCUACGAGCAUCAGCUCAACAGGCUAAAAGAGAAAGCUCAGCAGCUGUGGGAAGAGCAAGCUGUCAGCAAAAGCUUUAUGCGCAGAGUGUCUCAGUUGUCUUCUCAGUAUCUUACUCUAAGCAAUCUGACAAAGGAGAAAGUUUCCAGGAUGGACAGGGUCGUAGCAGAGCACCAGCAGUUCUCACAGAGUGUCAAGGACCUCCAGGACUGGGUGGCUGAUGCAGUUCACAUGUUGGAUUCCUACUGUCAUCCCACAGCAGACAAGAGUGUUCUGGACAGCCGGAUGUUAAAGCUAGAGGGACUGCUAGCAGUGAAACAAGAAAAAGAAAUCCAAAUGAAAAUGGUCCUGACAAGAGGAGAAUCUGUUCUGCAACAUACUUCUCUGGAGGGAGUACCAGUGAUUGAAAGGCAGCUGCAAACCUUGAAGGACAGCUGGGCUUCUCUUCUAUCUGCUUGUAUCCAAUGCAAGAGUCAACUGGAAGGAGCUCUUUCCAAAUGGACAAGUUACCAGGAUGAUGUUCGUCAGUUUUGCAGCUGGAUGGAUAAAGUAGAAGCAAGUAUGAAUGCUUCUGAAAGGCAAUAUGCUGAACUGAGGGAAAAAACAGCUGCCCUCAGCAAAGCAAAGCUACUCAGUGAAGAGGUGUUGAGUCACAGCAGCCUGUUGGACACGAUUGAAGUGAAAAGAAGUGGUAUGGCUGAGCAUUAUGUUACUCAGCUUGAACUCCAGGACCUUCAGGAGCGAUAUAAGUUCCUCAAGGACAGGACAAGGGAGGCAGUAACAAAAGCUGAAGGACUGCUUAAAUUACAUGAAGAGUAUCAAAGAAAUCUCAAGACCUUUGAAGUAUGGCUGGGGGAGGGACAGGAAAAACUUGACUGUUUAUCACAUCUUGAUGGUGAUGCCCAGAAACAGGAGGCAACACUCCGAGACUUACAGGAGCUGCAGGUCCGCUGUGCAGAAGGACAAGCAUUAUUGAACACCACUGUCCAUUCCAGAGAGGAAGUGAUUCCCUGGGGCAUUCCCCAGAUAGAAGACCGAGCUCUGGAAUCCUUACGGCAGGAUUGGCAAGUUUAUCAGCACAGGCUUUCUGAAGCAAGAAGCCGGUUAAAUGCCACUAUGAGCAGACUGAGGUUAAUGGAGAAAAAAUUUCAGCAGGUUAAUGACUGGCUAACAGAUCUGGAGAAAAAAGUUGCUAUCAGGACUGAGAGGCAGUCUGGUAGAGCGACAAAGGAGAUGCAGCUUCAACAGAUGAAGAAGUGGCAUGAAGAAAUUAUGAUUUACAAAGAUGAUGUGGAGGAAGUUGCGGUAUUGGCUCAGCAAAUAUUAGAGGAAAGUUUCACUGCAAGUACAAUGGGAAGCCAAGCUACACAGCUUACCUCUCGCUACCAAACUCUUCUUCUUCAUGUCUUGGAGCAAGUAAAGUUUCUGGAAGAAGAGAUACGCUGUAUGGAGGAGUCAGAACUGGCUUUUAGUGCUUACACGAAUUGGUACGGAGCUACGAACAAGAACUUCAGAAAUGUGAUCACCAAGUUUGACAUGAUUGAUAAAACAGCAAUGGAGAAAAAAGUGCAGAAACUAGAGCUGCUAUUGAGUGAUAUGGACAUAGGCCACAGUUUACUGAAAUCUGCCCGUGAGAAGGGGGAGCGAGCUAUAAAGUACAUGGAAGAAAAUGAAGUUGAUCAGUUAAGAAAAGAAAUUGGAGAUCAUGUGGAACAGCUGGAAGAGCUGGCUGGCUCCAUCAGGAAAGAGCACAUGACUUCGGAGAAGUGCCUUCAGCUGGCAAAGGAGUUCUCAGACAAGUACAAGACACAGACUCAGUGGGUCACGGAGUACCAAGCCAUGUUACAUGCUCCAGCGGAGCCAAAGAGCGAACUCUAUGAGAAGAAGGCCCAGUUGUCCAAAUAUAAGUCCAUACAGCAGACCGUUCUGUCCCAUGAGCCUUCAAUAAAAUCAGUGAUUGAAAAGGGAGAAGCACUUUUUGAUCUGAUCAAUGAUGUGACCCUAAAGAACAACAUUCAAGACCUUCAGAGCAGUUAUCAGGAACUCUGCAGCACAACAAAGGCAUACGUUGAAACCCUAGAGGUGAGAGUAAAAGAGCAUGAGGAUUACAAUAGUGAUUUGCAAGAAGGGGAGAAAUGGUUGUUACAUAUGUCCAGCAGGCUGGUCAGCCCUGACCUCAUGGAGAGUAACAAUCUUGAAACAAUCACUCAGCAACUAGCUAACCACAAGGCUAUCAUGGAAGAAAUUGCAGGAUUUGAAGAUCGUUUAAAUGACCUUAAGAGUAAAGGCGACUAUUUGAUCAAUCAAUGCACAGAACAUCUUCAAGCAAAAUUUAAGCAAAACAUACAAAACCAUCUUCAGGGGACAAAGGACAGCUAUUCUGCCAUAUGUAGCACAGCCCAAAGAGUGUACCAGAGUUUGGAACAUGAACUCCAGAAGCAUGUUAAUCAUCAGGAUACCCUACAACAGUGCCAGACUUGGCUGUCUACUGUGCAGUCAGAGCUAAAGCCAACUACCUGGCCACCUUUCAGCCUGGCAGAUGCAGUUAAACAGGUGAAACAUUUCCGGGCUCUGCAAGAGCAGGCCAAUACAUACUUGGAUCUUCUGUGCUCCAUGUGUGAUCUGUCAGAUGCCACAGUGAAGAGUACAGCAACAGAUAUUCAACAAAUAAAGCAAACGAUUGAGCAACAGAUAAUGCACUCGCAGUAUUUGGCUCAAGGUUGGGAAGAGAUCAAACAAAUGAAGGCUGAGCUCUGGAUGUAUUUCCAGGAUGCAGAUCAACAACUACAGAAUCUGAAAAGGAGACGGGCAGAGUUGGAGCUAAACAUUGCCCAGAAUAUGGUACUCCAGGUUAAGGAAUUCAGUCAGAAGUUGCAAUCUAAGCAGUCAGCUCUUACCUCUGUGACUGAGAAGAUGAACAAACUAACCGAAGGACAGGAAUCACCUGAACACAAGGAAAUAGGAGAGCUGAGCAAUCAGUGGCUGGACCUCUGCCUUCAGGCACACAGUUUGCUCAUAGAGAGGGAGGAGGAUCUGCAGAGGACAGGGGAUUAUCAUGAUCGUAUGAAUGUCGUUGAAGUUUUCUUGGAAAAGCUCACAAAAGAGUGGGACAACUUGGCUAGAUCUGAUGCUGAAAGUACAAACGUGCACCUUGAAGCUUUACAAAAAUUGGCACUGGCACUACAGGAAAGGAGAUUUGCUCUGGAAGAUUUGAAAGAUCAGAAACAGAAGAUGAUAGAACAUCUGAAUCUUGAUGACAAAGAAUUAAUAAAGGAGCAAUUUGGUCAUUUUGAGCAACGCUGGACUCAGUUGGAGGACCUUGUCAAAAGGAAAAUUCAAGUUUCAGUUUCAACCUUAGAAGAGCUCAGUGUGGUGCAUUCCAGAUUUCAGGAACUAAUGGAAUGGGCAGAGGAGCAGCAACCUAGUAUCUCAGAGGCUCUUCAACAGAGCCCUCCUCCAGAUUUGGCUCAGAGUCUUCUCGUGGAUCAUCUUACCAUUUGCAGUGAGCUUGAAGCCAAACAGCUUGUUUUGAAGAUGCUUGUGAAAGAUGCAGACAGGGUGAUGACCAACCUAGGGCUCAACGAAAGGCAGGAGCUGCAGAAAGCACUUUCUGAUGCACAGCACCAUGUAGAUUGUCUCAGCGAUCUGGUUGGCCAGAGGAGAAAGCACCUGAAUAAAGCACUGUCUGAGAAGACCCAGUUUCUUAUGGCAGUCUUUCAGGCUACAAACCAAAUUCACCAGCAUGAGAAGAAGAUAAUAUUUCCGGAACACAUUUGUCUGUUGCCAGAAGAUGUGAACAAACAGAUCAGGACUUGCAAGAAUGCCCAGGCUAACCUGAAGGCCUAUCAAAAUGAAGUCACAGGGUUGUGGGCUCAAGGAAGGGAUUUAAUGAAAGAAGCAACAGAGCAGGAAAAGAGUGAAGUGCUAGGUAAACUGCAAGAACUACAGAAUGUGUAUGACACUGUUUUACAAAAGUGUAACCAGAGAUUGUUAGAAUUGGAGAAAAAUAUAGUUUCCAGGAAAUAUUUCAAAGAAGACUUGGAUAAAGCUUGCCAUUGGCUAAAACAAGCUGAUAUUGUCACAUUCCCGGAAGUCAAUGUAAUGAAUAGUAACUCUGAACUAUACACGCAGUUGGCAAAAUAUCAACAGAUUCUUGAGCAAUCUCCAGAAUAUGAAAAUCUGCUACUUGCAUUGCAAAGAGAUGGCCAAGAAAUCUUACCAUCACUUAACGAAGUGGAUCAUUCUUAUCUGGAUGAAAAACUUAACGUUCUUCCUCAGCAAUUCAACAUUGUCACUGCUCUGGCAAAAGAAAAAUUACGUAAGGUUCAGGAAGCAAUUUAUGCCAGAAAAGAGUAUGCCUCUUUGAUUGAGUUGACAAGUAAAGCUCUGACAGAGCUAGAAGAUCAGUUUAUGAACACGGACGAAGCUCCAGCUGCUGUUUUAGCCAAAGAAGCCGUGUCACUCCAGCAGGCCUACAGAGAUCUCUUAGGUGAAGUGGUGAGCCUUGGUGCAGCAGUGGAUGAACUAAACCAGAAGAAGGAAGCCUUUCGAAGCACUGGCCAGCCGUGGCAACCAGAUGAGAUGUUACAACUUGUCACAUUGUAUCACAAGUUGAAGAGGCAAAUAGAACAGAAAAUCAACCUGUUGGAAGACACAAUAGAAGCAUGCCAGGAGCAUGAGAAAAUGUGUAUGCAGUUUGAGGCACAACUAGAGGCAGUGAAGAAAGAGCAGAUUAAGGUAAAUGAAGAAACGCUCCCAAUAGAAGAAAAGUUGAAAAUAUACCAUUCUCUGGUGGGCAGCUUGCAAGACUCUGGGAGUCUUCUGAAGCGAAUAACUGAACAUCUAGAAGCUCUUUCUCCUCAGCUUGACUCAUCUGCAUGUGAGACAACAAAUCACCAAGUGCAGUCUUGGCAAGAGAAACUAAAGUCUUUGCAUGCUGCCAUUGGUGACACUGUGAUGGAGUGCGAGAACAGACUUGUGCAAAGCAUAGACUUCCAGACAGAAAUCUGCCGCUCACUUGACUGGUUGAGAUGGGUGAAAACAGAACUUAGUGGAACAUUAAGUUUGGACCUCAGACUGCAAAGUAUCCAAGAAGAAAUCCGAAAGGUUCAGAUACAUCAGGAAGAAGUGCAGUCAAGCCUGAGAAUAAUGAAUGCACUGAGCAAUAAAGAGAAAGAGAGAUAUAUGAAAGCAAAGGAGCUGAUACCUACUGACCUGGAAAACACUCUUGCUGAGCUGACAGAACUGGAUGGUGAAGUUCAAGAAGCUAUACACAUGAGACAGGCUACCUUGAAUAAAUUGUAUAGCCUCUGCCAAAGAUACUACCAAGUCAUGCAGAUAGCAAAUGACUGGCUUGAAGAUGCUCAGGAAUUUCUACAUUUAGCAAGAAAUGGUCUUGAUGUUGAGAACUCUGAGGAGAACCUAAGGAACCACAUUGAAUUUUUCAGCACAGAAAGUCAGUUCAGUAAUCAUUUGAAGGAGUUACAGCGCCUUGUGUCUGAGAUAGAGCCUUUUAUCCAAGCCACAGCAAGAGAGCAGCUGAAGCAGAAUGUAGCUGCAUUGCAGGAAAGGGACAAAGGGACAAAGCAAGAAGCCAAAACCCAGCAAGAACAGUUGCAAAAGUGUGCUUCUGAGUGGCAGGAGUACCAUAUAGCAAGACAGAAGGUUAUUGAAGUGAUGAAUGAGGCUGAGAAAAAAUUAUCUGAAUUUUCAGUAGCUAAAGCUACUUCUUCCCAUGAAGCAGAAGAGAAGUUGCUGACACAUAAGACUCUUGUGUCUGUAGUGAAUUCUUUCCAUGAGAAAAUCACAGCCCUAGAAGAAAAGGCUUCACAGCUGGAAAAAGUUAGCAAUGAUGCCAGUAAGGCAACUAUAAGUAGAUCCAUGACAACAGUUUGGCAGCGCUGGACACGGCUCCGGAAUGUCGCCCAGGAACGGGAGAAAAUUUUGGAAGAUGCAGUACAGGAAUGGAAGGGCUUUAAUGAUAAGAUUCAGAAAGCCACCAUAGCAAUAGAUCAGUUACAAGGUCGCUUACCAGAAAGCUCAGUGGAAAAGGCAUCCAAAACAGAGCUCUUGGAACUCCUGGAUUACCACAGCAGUUUCCUUCUGGAGGCGGAGCAGCAGCUGUCAUCUUUGGGCCUGCUCAAACAGCACGCUGUCAGCAUGCUUCAGGAUGUGGAAAUAAAGCCUCCAUCUCAGGAGGAACUCCCAGUCAUGCAAGAAAUCAAAGCAAUGCAAGAUCGAUGCCACAAUAUGCAACAGAAAGUGAAAAAAGGUGCGAAGAUGGUGAAACAGGAGCUGAAGGAACGUGAGGAGGUUGAAGCAGAGAUUAAUAUUGUGAAGUCCUGGGUCCAGGAAACAAAAGAAUAUUUAUUAAGCCCUGAUGCAGAAGUAGAUACUCAACUUCAGGAAUUGCAGUCUCUCCUUGGUGAAGUAACUACUCAUCGCCAGGCUGUUGAAAAAAUGGCUGAACAGCAACAGAAUAAGUACUUGGGGCUUUAUACCGUCUUGCCUUCUGAACUCUCUCUUAAUUUAGCAGAAGUUGGGCUGGCCCUUGUAACUGUACAAGAUCAGAUUCAAGCCAAAGAAAGAGAAACUCAGCAGAUCAAAACAUUGAAUCAAGAGUUUGGUCAGAAAAUCCAGGGCGUAGCAAAUGAACUAAAUGCCAUUCUUUCCAAACUGAAAAAGAAAACAAAUGAUAUAGCACAGGCUAAACUUGAACAAAAGAUCCUUGGGGAAGAGUUGGACAGCUGCAAUAUAAAGCUGUUGGAGUUAGAUGCAUCAGUCCAGGACUUUGCAGAGCAGAACGUACCGCUGGCUAAGCAGCUGGCUAACAGGAUAGGGAAACUCACUGCAUUGCACCAACAGACCAUACAGCAGGCUGAGUACAGAACAGCUAAGCUCAGUCAGGCCGCUUCACACCUGGAGGAAUACAAUGAGAUGCUGGAGUUCGUAUUAAAAUGGAUCGAGAAAGCAAAUAUCCUAGUGCACGGUAGUAUAACAUGGAAUGCUUCCUCUCAGCUUCGUGAUCAAUUUAAAGCCUACCAGACUAUGCUUGAUGAGUCUGGAGAGCUUCAUGGUGAUCUUGAGGCCAUGAGUGAAAGGAUUGAGUAUCUGGCAAGUGUAUACUGUACUGAAGGAAUGUCACAGCAAGUGCUGGAACUGGGACGGCGGACAGAGGAAUUGCAGCAAGUUAUCAAAGUGCGGCUGCCAAAUCUCCAAGACGCUGCCAAGGACAUGAAGAAAUUUGAAGUUGAGGUGAGAGCCCUGCAGGCUGCGUUGGAGCAAGCCCAAGCCACACUGACCUCUCCAGAGCUCGGACAUUUGAGCUUGAAAGAGCAGCUUUCUCACAGACAGCAUCUGUUGUCUGAAAUGGAGUCUCUGAAGCCGAAGGUUCAAGCGGUCCAGGCCUGCCAGAGCGCCCUGAGGAUUCCCGAGGAGGUGGUCGCUGGCCUGCCGAUGUGCCACAGUGCGCUGCGGCUCCAGGAGGAGGCCAGCCGCCUGCAGCAUGCUGCCAUUCAGCAGUGCAAUGUCAUGCAGGAAGCAGUGGUUCAGUUUGAGCAAUAUGAACAAGAAAUGAAACAUUUACAGCAAAUGAUAGAGAGUGCCCAUCGUGAGAUCCAAGACAAGCCAAUAGCAACCAGCAACAUCCAGGAACUCCAGGCGCAGAUUUCACGUCAUGAGGAGCUGGCUCAGAAGAUCAAAGGAUACCAGGAGCAAAUUACUUCUCUGAAUUCGAAGUGCAAGAUGCUGACAAUGAAAGCAAAACAUGCUACCAUGCUGCUGACGGUGACAGAAGUCGAGGGGCUUUCAGAGGGAAUGGAGGAGUUGGAUUCAGACCUGCUCCCAGCACACCCCGCUCACCCCUCGGUGGUUAUGAUGACUGCUGGUCGCUGUCACACGCUGCUCUCCCCUGUCACUGAGGAGUCUGGGGAGGAGGGAACCAACAGUGAGAUUUCUUCUCCACCUGCCUGUCGCUCUCCCUCACCUGUGGCUAAUACAGAUGCUUCUGUUAACCAGGACAUUGCUUAUUACCAAGCCUUAUCUGCUGAACAGUUGGCCUUGUCUGCUGAACAGCUACAGACAGAAGCUGCUAAAAUUCAGCCCAGCACUUCAACCACCCAGGAGUUUUAUGAACCAGGCUUAGAAUCAGCUGCUAGUGCCAAAUUGGAUGACUUGCAGCGUUCUUGGGAAACACUGAAAAAUGUAAUCAGUGAAAAGCAGCGCACUCUCUAUGAAGCUCUUGAGCGUCAACAGAAGUAUCAGGACACUCUCCAGUCUAUAUCCACAAAAAUGGAGACCACUGAGAUCAAACUAAAUGAGAGUUUGGAACCAGCCAAAAGCCCAGAGAGCCAGAUGGCUGAACAUCAGGCUUUGAUGGAUGAGAUUUUAAUGUUACAAGAAGAAAUCACUGAGCUUCAGACGUCAUUAGCCCAGGAGCUGGUUUCAGAACCCCUGGAUGCAGAGGCUGCUGAUCAGCUGGCAUUGCAGUCCACUCUCACGGUCUUGGCAGAACGAAUGGCAACAAUUCGAAUGAAGGCAUCAGGAAAACGACAGCUAUUAGAGGAAAAACUGAAUGAGCAGCUGGAAGAACAGCGGCAAGAGCAGGCUCUUCAAAGGUACCGUUGCGAAGCUGAUGAGCUUGACCACUGGCUACUCAAUACCCGAGCAACACUGGACACCACUCUGGUUACUGCUGAGGAACCUAUGGAUAUGGAAGCACAGCUGGUAGACUGCCAGAACAUGCUGGUUGAAAUAGAGCAGAAGGUGGUAGCCUUGUCAGAGUUGUCUGUGCACAACGAGAACUUGCUUAUGGAGGGGAAGGCUCACACCAAGGACGAGGCAGAGCAGCUGGCUGUGAAGCUCAGGACGCUGAAGGGCAGCCUUCUGGAGCUGCAGAGAGUGCUCCACGACAAACAGAUCAACAUUCGGGGAUCAUUACAAGAAAAGGAGGAGAGUGACCUGGACUUUGUUUCCUCACAGAGCCCCAGCGUCCAAGAAUGGCUGCAACAAGCAAGAAACACUCGCUCACAGCAGCAGCAGAGCACCCUGCAGCAACAGAAAGAGCUGGAACAAGAGCUGGAAGAGCAGAAGAAUCUGCUUCGGUCAGUGGCAUGCCGUGGAGAAGAAAUCCUAACACAGCAAGGUGCUCCAGAAGGCCUAUCAGGAAGAGCCAGUGAGAAGCCUGAUAAACUCUCUGAGGAAUUAGGCUUGGAAGGUGAGAAGCAAUCAUCUGAAGGACAGAUGAAGAUGAAAUGGGAAACCCUGAACCAGGAAUUCAAUACCAAGCAGAAACUGCUCCAGAAAGCUUUGGAACAAGAACAGUUGCAGCUUUAUAGCAGACCAAACAGACUGCUAUCUGGAAUGCCUUUGUAUAAGGAGGAAGGACAGGAUGAGGAUAAAUCCUCAGUGUCACCAGUAUUGGUUGAAUUGAAUCAGGCCUUUGAAGAUGUGUCAUCUGAGGCUGGACGGGUGGAGGAGAGCCAGCAUCUUGAACAAAAGCUGUAUGAUAGUGUCGCAGCCACCUCCUUGUGGCUAGAUGGUGUGGAAGAACAGGUCUUUGUUGCUACAGCUCUGUUGCCAGAGGAAGAAACAGAAACAUACCUCUGCAAGCAAGAGUCUCUUGCUAAAGAAAUCAAAGAGAUAACAGAAGAAAUGGAUAAGAACAAGAAUUUAUUUGCUCAGAUAUUUCCUGAGAAUGGUGAUAACAGGGACAUAAUAGAAGACACUUUGGAGUGUCUCCUGAGAAGACUGAGCCUGCUGGAGUCAGUAGUAAACCAGAGAUGUCAUCAGAUGAAAGGAAGGCUCCAGCAAAUAGUGACUUUCAAGAAUGAUCUGAAGCUCCUGUUUACAUCAGUGGCUGAUAACAAAUACUUAGUUCUACAAAAACUAGCAGAGGCAGCUGAGAGACCAGAAACAGAACAAAUGCAGAUCAUACUGCAGUCAGAAGAAGAUUUGAGCAAAUUAGAUAUUGGAAUCAGUGAAUUAAAGAAGCGUGUAGACAAGCUACAAAUUGACCAACCUUCUGUGCAAGAGCUCUCUAAGAUCCAGGAUAUGUAUGAUGAGCUGAUGAUGAUCAUUGGAUCCAGACGGAGUGACCUGAAUCAGAAUCUGGCUCUUAAGAGACAGUAUGAACGGGCUUUGCAGGACCUGGCUGACCUGUUAGAAACAGGCCAAGAAAAAACGGCUGGUGACCAGAAAAUGAUGGUUGCUUCUAAAAAAGAGGUUCGAUCAAUACUUGAAAAACAUAAGGAAUAUUUUCAGGGGUUGGAAUCUCACAUGAUCCUGACAGAAACACUCUUUAGAAAGAUGAGUAGCUUUGCCCUCUUGAAGGAAACUCGGUCACAUUCAGAGCUAAUGACACAAGCUUCAGCUGUGUUAAAGCUGGCUCAUAAACGGGGUGUGGAGCUGGAAUACAUUCUGGAGAGCUGGAUGCAUCUGGAUGAAGAUUACGAGGAACUUACCAGACAGCUGGAGUCUGUUGAAGGUAGCAUCCCCACUGUUGGUUUGGUGGAAGAGACGGAGGACAGGCUUACAGACCGGAUUACACUUUUUCAGCAUCUGAGAUCUAACCUCACUGACUACCAACCUAAAUUAUACCAAGUGCUAGAUGACGGGAAGAGGCUGCUUUUUUCUGUUAGCUGCUCAGAUCUCGAAACCCAGCUGAACCAACUAGGAGAGCGCUGGUUAAGUAACACCAGCAGGGUUAACAAGGAACUUCACAGACUGGAGACAAUACUGAAGCACUGGACAAGAUAUCAGAGUGAAUCAAGUGAACUGACACGUUGGUUACAAUACGCAAAGGAGCGACUUGAGUUUUGGAGCCAGCAGUCUUUGACAGUUCCUCAGGAACUGGAAACAGUCCGAGAUCACUUGAAUUCCUUUUUGGAGUUUUCAAAAGAAGUGGAUGCUAAAUCCUCACAGAAAUCUUCUGUUCUGAGUACUGGGAACCAGCUCCUCAGGCUGAAGAAGGUGGAUACAGCAGCAUUGCGUGCGGGAUUGUCCCACAUUGACAGUCAGUGGACAGAGCUGCUCACACAAAUCCCAGCAGUCCAAGAGAAAUUGCACCAGCUCCAGAUGGACAAAAUCCCUUCUCGCCAUGCUAUCACUGAAGUUAUGAGCUGGAUUUCCCUGAUGGAAAAAAAAAAGGAUGAAGAGAAUAUUAAAAAUGUAGUAGGACAGAAAGUCAUUCAGGAUUACGUCCAGAAGUACAAGGGUUUCAAGAUAGAUUUAAGUUGCAAACAAUUGACAGUAGACUUUGUGAACCAAUCAGUGCUACAAAUUAGCAGCCAGGAUGUUGAAAGUAAACGUAGUGACAAAACCGAUUUCGCAGAACAGCUCGGAGCAAUGAACAGACGUUGGCAAAUCCUGCAAGGCCUGAUAACAGAAAAGAUCCAGCUGUUGGAAAGUCUGCAGGAAUCCUGGACAGAGUAUGAAAAUAAUGUGCAGUGCCUAAAAACUUGGUUUGAAACCCAAGAGAAGAAGCUGAAAGAGCAACAGAAAAUUGGAGACCAAGCUUCAGUACAGAAUGCUUUGAAAGACUGUCAGGAACUAGAAGAAUCAAUAAGAACAAAGGAAAAAGAAGUAGAAAAUGUGGAACAGAGUGGUCUUUCUUUGAUACAGAACAAGAAGGAAGAAGUCUCUUCUGCUGUUAUGAGUACACUGCAAGAAAUUAACCAUUCCUGGGCCAAUUUAGAUCACAUGGUUAGCCAACUGAAAAUAUUGUUGCAAUCUGUUCUUGAUCAGUGGAGCAUUUACAAAGUGGCUUAUGAAGAACUGAAUAGUUACCUGACAGAAGCCAGAUAUUCUUUGUCCCGUUUUUACCUUCUUACUGGUUCUUUGGAAGCUGUGAAAGUCCAAGUUGAUAACCUUCAGAGCCUACAAGAUGAGUUGGAAAAGCAAGAAAAUACCUUACAGAAAUUUGGUUCUGUGACCAAUCAAUUGUUGAAAGAAUGUCACCCACCAGUGACUGAAACACUUACCAACACUUUGAAAGAAGUGAAUAUUAGGUGGAACAACCUCCUGCAGGAGAUUGCGGAGCGGCUGCGUGCCAGUAAGGGCCUCCUUCAGCUGUGGCAGAGGUACAAGAAUUGCUACCAGCAGUGCUCUUCUACAGUCCAUCAGCGGGAAGACCAGACUAAUGAACUCCUGAAGACUGCCACCAGCAAAGACAUUGCUGAUGAUGAAGUUACUACUUGGAUUCAGGACUGCAAUGAUGUACUCACAGAUUUGAAGACAGCACAGGAGUCACUGGUUGUUCUUCAAGAACUGGGAGAGGAGCUAAAAAACCAGGUGGAGGCUUCAGCAGCAGCAGCUAUACAGUCUGAUCAUCUUGCUCUGAACCAGAAUCUGUCAGCCCUAGAACAAGCUCUCUGCAAGCAACAGGCUGUACUUCAGGCUGGAGUGCUGGACUAUCAAACCUUUGCCAAGAACUUGCAAGUCCUUGAAGCCUGGGUAACAGAAGCAGAAGAAAUAUUGAAAGGACAGGAUCCCAGUCACUCAGCUGAUCUCUCAGCAAUACAGAGCAGAAUGGAAGAACUCAAGAGUCAGAUGUUGAAGUUCAGCAGCAUGUCCCCGGAUUUGGACCGCCUCAAUGAGCUGGGUUACAGGCUUCCUCUGAAUGAUAAAGAAAUCAAAAGGAUGCAGAAUUUGAACAGGCAGUGGUCUCUGAUCUCAUCACAGACUACGGAGAGAUUCAGUAAACUGCAGUCUUUCUUGCUGCAGCAGCAGACCUUCUUGGAGAAAUGUGAGACUUGGAUGGAUUUAUUAGUUCAGACUGAGCAGAAGCUGGCAGCAGAGAUUUCAGGAAACUACCAGAGCCUUUUAGAACAACAAAGGACACAUGAGCUAUUCCAGGCAGAGAUGUUCAGCCGACAGCAGAUUUUGCAUUCAAUUAUCUCUGAUGGGCAGCACCUCCUAGAACAAGGACAGGUGGAUGGCAGGGAAGAAUUUAAUCUGAAGCUGACUCUUCUAAGUAAUCAAUGGCAAGGAGUAAUUCGCCGGGCACAGCAGAGGAGGGGGAUCAUUGACAGCCAGAUUCGCCAGUGGCAACGCUAUAGGGAGAUGGCAGAGAAGCUGCGCAAGUGGCUGGUGGAAAUAUCCUGUCAGCCAGUGAGUGGGCUGGGCAAUGUUCCCAUCCCAUUGCAGCAAGCCAGAGCGCUACUGGAUGAAGUACAGCUUAAAGAGAAAGUUCUCCUAAGGCAUCAAGGGAGUUAUAUCCUCACUGUGGAAGCCGGGAAGCAACUGCUGCUCUCUGCUGACAGUGGAGCUGAGGCAGCCCUGCAGACAGAGCUUACCGAAAUUCAGGAGCGCUGGAAGAUAGCUAGCACCCAGCUGGAGCGACAAAAGAAACAACUUGCCUUACUACUGAAAGACUGGGAAAAAACUGAAAAGGGCAUAGGAGACUCCCUGGAGAAGCUAAAAUCGUUCAAGAAAAAGCUUUCUCAGCCUUUGCCAGAACACCAUGAUGAGUUGCAUGCAGAGCAGAUUCGUUGCAAGGAGUUAGAGAAUGCUGUUGAAGGAUGGACAGAUGACCUUGCACACCUCUCUCUGCUGAAGGAGACCCUGUCUGUGUAUAUCAGCGCAGAUGAUAUCUCAAUCCUCAGUGAGCGCAUUGAGCUUCUACACAGACAGUGGGAGGAGCUGUGCCACCAGGUCUCCUUACGUCGACAACAAGUUAGUGAGAGACUGAAUGAGUGGGCUGUCUUCAGUGAGAAGAACAAGGAGCUCUGUGAGUGGCUGACACAAAUGGAAAGUAAGGUUUCUCAAAAUGGCGACAUCCUCAUAGAAGAAAUGAUUGAGAAACUUAAAAAGGAUUAUCAAGAGGAAAUUGCUGUAGCCCAGAAGAACAAAAUCCAGCUCCAGCAAAUGGGAGAGCGACUUGCUAAAGCCAGCCAUGAGAGUAAGGCGUCAGAGAUUGAGUACAAACUCGGCAAGAUCAAUGACAGGUGGCAACAUCUUCUAGAUCUUAUUGCAGCCAGGGUAAAGAAGCUGAAGGAGACCCUUGUUGCAGUGCAGCAGCUGGAUAAAAACAUGAGUAGCCUGAGAUCUUGGCUUGCCCACAUUGAGACAGAGCUGUCCAAACCUAUCGUCUAUGAAACUUGUGACUCUGAGGAGAUACAAAGGAAGCUAAAUGAACAGCAGGAACUUCAGAGGGACAUAGAAAAACACAGUACUGGAGUGGCAUCUGUUCUCAAUCUGUGCGAAGUGCUUCUUCAUGACUGUGAUGCUUGUGCCACAGAAGCAGAAUGUGACUCUAUCCAGCAGGCUACACGCAAUCUGGAUAGAAGGUGGAGGAACAUCUGUGCGAUGUCAAUGGAAAGGCGACUUAAAAUUGAAGAGACGUGGCGGCUAUGGCAAAAGUUUUUGGAUGACUACUCCAGGUUUGAAGACUGGCUAAAAACCUCUGAGAGGACAGCUGCUUUCCCAAGCUCCUCUGGUGUGCUUUACACGGUUGCUAAGGAAGAACUGAAGAAAUUUGAGGCCUUCCAGAGACAAGUGCAUGAAAGUCUGACUCAGCUGGAACUGAUCAAUAAACAAUAUCGCCGCCUGGCCCGAGAGAAUCGCACUGACUCUGACUGCAGCCUCAAGCAGAUGGUUCAUGAGGGGAACCAGAGAUGGGACAACUUACAAAAGCGAGUUGCCUCCAUCCUGCGCAGGCUAAAACAUUUUAUUGGCCAGCGUGAGGAGUUUGAGACAGCACGUGAUAGCAUCCUGGUAUGGUUAACGGAAAUGGAUCUGCAGCUGACCAACAUUGAGCAUUUCUCAGAGUGUGAUGUCCAAGCAAAGAUAAAGCAACUUAAGGCUUUCCAGCAAGAAAUUUCUCUGAACAACAACAAAAUUGAGCAGAUAAUUGUGCAGGGUGAGCAACUCAUUGAGAAAAGUGAGCCCAUGGAUGCAGCUGUCAUUGAAGAAGAACUAGAUGAGCUGCGUCGUUACUGUCAAGAGGUCUUUGGACGCGUGGAACGCUAUCACAAGAAACUCAUCCGCCUUCCUCUGACAGAUGACGAACAUGACCUCUCUGACAGAGAGGUGGAUCUGGAUGAAUCAGCAGAUCUCUCUGACAUACACUGGCAUGACAAAUCUGCGGACAGCGUUCUCUCCCCGCACCCCUCUUCCAACCUUUCGCUGCCUCUUUCCCAGCCGGUGAGAAGUGAGCGAUCAGGGCGAGAUACUCCUGCGAGCGUGGACUCCAUUCCCUUGGAGUGGGAUCAUGACUACGACCUUAGCAGAGACCUGGAGACAGCCGUUUCACGGGCAGUGAACUCUGAGGAAGAAGAUGGAGGACAAGAGAAGGACUUCUACCUGAGAGGAGCAGCUGGUAUAGCAGGAGAACCUGGUGCCCUGGAAGCACAUAUCCGACAGCUGGACAAGGCCUUAGACACCAGUCGUUUCCAGAUACAGCAAACAGAAAAUUUCAUCCGCAGCAAAACACCUACAGGACCAGAGCUGGAUUCCAGUUACAAAGGAUAUAUGAAGCUACUAGGUGAGUGCAGUGGAAGCAUAGACUCAGUAAAAAGGCUUGGAUAUAAACUGAAGGAGGAAGAAGAAAAAUUAUCUGGGCUUAUUAACCUGAACAGUACUGAAACACAAACAGCCGGUGUAAUUGACCGAUGGGAAUUAAUCCAGGCUCAGGCUCUAAGCAAGGAGCUGAGGAUGAAGCAGAACCUUCAGCAAUGGCAGCAGUUUAACUCUGACCUUAAUAGUAUUUGGUCUUGGUUGGGAGAAACUGAACAGGAACUGGAGAAGCUCCACCACCUUGAUCUCAGUACUGAUAUACAAACAAUUGAGCUCAGAAUUAAAAAACUGAAAGAGCUGCAGAAAGCAAUUGAUAACCGCAAAGCAAUCAUCUUAUCCAUCAAUCUGUGCAGUUCAGAGUUCACUCAGUCCAAUAGUGAAGAAAGCAAGAAGCUUCAAGAGCGCCUGUCUCAGAUGAACGUGCGCUGGGACCAUGUGUGCAGUAGGAUUGAAGAGUGGCGCUGCUCAUUGCAGGAUGCAUUAAUGCAGUGCCAGGAUUUCCAUGAAAUGAGCCAUGGUUUGCUGCUUUGGUUAGAGAAUAUUGACAGAAGAAAAAAUGAGAUUGUGCCUAUCAAUACAAACCUGGACUCGGAAACAUUGCAGGAUCAUCACAGACUUCUGAUGCAAAUCAGACGUGAACUGCUGGAGUCUCAGUUGAAGGUGGCAUCACUGCAAGAUAUGUCUUGCCAAUUGCUAGUCAAUGCUGAAGGCAAGGACUGUCUUGAAGCCAAAGAAAAGGUGCAUGUCAUUGGAAAUAGACUGAAGCUCCUCUUAAAAGAGGUCACAUGUCAUAUUAAAGACCUAGAGAGAAUUCUAGGUAUUUCAAGUCAUCAACUGGAAUUGUCCUCAUGGUCCUCUGCUGAUGAAUUAGACACAUCAGGAUCAGUGAGUCCUGUAUCUGGAAGAAGCACUCCAAGCAGACAGAGAACGCCACGGGGCAAAUGUAGUCUCUCACAGCCUGGACCCUCUGUCAGCAGUCCACAUAGCAGGUCCACAAGAGGUGGCUCAGGUUUCUCCCCUUCUGAGGCUGGGCCGGCGUGGCGGUGCCCGUCCUUCUUCCUCAGAGUCCUCAGAGCUGCUCUGCCACUUCAGCUUCUCUUGCUGCUCCUGAUCGGGCUGGCUUGCCUGGUGCCAAUGACUGAGGAGGACUACAGCUGUGCUAUGGCCAACAACUUUGCCAACUCUUUCCACCCCAUGCUAAAAUAUAUGAAUGGUCCACCUCCAUUAUGAAGGAGACCUGUGAGACAGCAGGUGACCUUGCUGGAGUGCUAGAUGGGAGGCAGGAUGGUUUUAAACAGUGACAGAAUUCAGUGUGGCAACUUCACCUACCUGCUGUAGCCACUGCUGCGUCCAUACCAUUCUCCGCUGGCACUCAGCUAAUAACGCAUCAGUAUAUUGGUAUCAAACUGCACAACGUAUUACCUGAGUAGCAUCAUUUCAAUACUUGCAACCUGGGUAGCAAGGAGGAUGUGAUAUGUGUGAGGGAAAUGUCCUUCUGUCUGUCAUUCUGGAUCUUUUAGCCACUUUACAUCCAGGUCAUUGCUCUGUGCUAUGCAUAGCCAAGGACUUGAUACUGUAGACCCUUUCCUGUGUGCUGCUCGAAAUGAGCCAUUAGCCAGUCUUUGUUAAAUACCCUGUCAGUAUCUACAGUAUACAAAAUAACCAAUGCUAAAAAAAUUUUAGAGUAUUUGUAACAUACAAUUUUAAAGGAUCUUGUAU